CGAAGACGUAACCGUCCCGUCGGGAUACCACUUGAUCUCCGAGAACGGAUGCUUUCGCAUGUACACGAAGCAGAGCUUGAUGAAGCGGUUCCACGUGAUCGGGCGUCGUAAACCUGCAAACGAAAGUCCUCUUUCGUCAGGAGCGGACCAGUCCCUUGUCGUUCCGUCCGAAAAAUUUCGUUGAUCGCCGCCACUUAACGAAAAAUCAAUAUAGGGGUAGCUGGGCAAUGAGCCGAUCUCGUCUUGCGCUCGCGAUUUUAAAAAAUGCCCCAACGAAAAGCGAAGUAAUUCGGAUGCGAUCUUUGGGUGAAUAACUGAAGAAUGUACUGCCUGGUCAUCGCGGAAAUAAUAGUACUCUCGUCCUUCCUGACCACCUGCCAGCCGCAGAAGCCGAACGUCGACAGCAGAAGGCACGAUGUCUACAUCGCCGGAUUUUUUCCUUUCGGGAAAGGUGUGGAAAACGCGAAUACUGGCCGCGGCGUGAUGCCGAGCGUCAAGCUCGCGUUGGACCACGUAAACGAGCACUCGACCGUGCUCAGAAACUACCGUCUUCACAUGUGGUGGAACGAUACUAUGUGUAACGCGGCCGUGGGUGUAAAGGCAUUCUUCGAUAUGAUGCACAGUGGCCCGCACAAGCUCAUGCUGUUUGGUGCCGCUUGCACGCACGUAACGGAUCCGAUUGCGAAAGCUUCCAAGCAUUGGCAUUUAACACAGCUCUCCUACGCGGACACCCAUCCCAUGUUCACAAAGGACAGCUUCCCGAACUUUUUCCGCAUCGUACCGUCGGAGAACGCAUUCAACAAACCGCGCCUCUCCCUUCUGAGGGAGUUCAACUGGACGCGCGUCGGCACAAUUUACCAAAACGAGCCGAGAUACUCGCUGGCGCACAACAGGCUCGUCGCCGAUUUGGACACGUUAAACUACGAGGUGGUCGAGACGCAGAGCUUCACCAACGAGGUGACGAUGGCGCUCGUCAAGCUCAAGGAGAAGGACACGCGUGUGAUUCUGGGCAACUUCAACGAGUACUGGGCGAGGAAGAUCUUCUGCGAGGCGUACAAGCUGGAGAUGUACGGCCGCAAGUACCAGUGGAUUAUAAUGGGGACGUACAACGAGUACUGGUGGCGGAAACCGGAUCGCGACUCGAACUGCACAGAGGACGAGAUCGAAAUCGCGAUGGAGCAGACGAUCUUGACGGACCUACUGCCGUUAUCGACCACGGGGGAGAUUACAGUUUCGGGAGUCACCGCCGACGAGUACAGUGCCGAGUACGACUCGAGGCGCGGAAAGGAGUACUCGCGAUUUCACGGGUACACCUACGACGGAAUUUGGGCCGUCGCGUUGGCGAUUCAGCAUGUCGCCCACAAGAUUCGCUACUUCAGACGAAACCAGACGGUUUCCGAUUUCAGGUAUAGGGAUCCGCUGUGGGAGAAGCUUUUUUUGGACGCGUUGCAGAACACAAGCUUCGAGGGCGUGACUGGUCCCGUACGUUUCUACGACAACGAGCGCAAGGCGAGCAUUCUACUCAAGCAGUUUCAGGAGGGUAUCGAAGUUAAGGUAGGCGAGUACAGUGCGGCGACCCAGCAUCUCGACUUGACGCUCGGUAGCCCGCUGAAAUGGAUCGGACGACAGCCACCGAAGGAUCGCACCUUGGAGAUUAUCGAGCACACGCGCGUCAACAAGACUGUUUACGCGAUUUUCGCAUCGCUCGCCAUCUGUGGCAUAAUCAUGGCGUCCGUUUUUCUCGCCUUCAACAUCAAGUAUCGCAAUCAGCGGUACAUCAAGAUGUCGAGUCCGCAGCUGAACAAUCUGAUCAUCAUCGGUUGCAUGCUCACCUACACCAGCAUCGUUUUUCUCGGCCUGGACUCGGGACUUUCGAGCGUUGAUGCGUUUCCUUACAUCUGUACGGCUCGAGCGUGGACGUUGAUGGCCGGAUUUUCGCUCGCCUUCGGAUCGAUGUUCAGCAAAACCUGGCGAGUGCACUCGAUCUUUACCGACGUCAAACUCAACAAGAAGGUCAUAAAGGACUAUCAGCUCUUCAUUGUCGUCGGCGUUCUUUUGUUUAUCGAUUUGGCGAUUAUGACGACGUGGCAGGUGGCCGAUCCAUUUUAUAGGGAAACGAAGAGAAUGGAGCCCUAUCCUCAUCCGUCAAGCGAUGAUAUUCUUAUAAUCCCCGAAAACGAAUACUGCGCAUCGGAACGUAUGACUCUUUUCGUCGGCUCCAUCUACGCGUACAAGGGGCUGCUCAUGAUCUUCGGCGCUUUCUUGGCCUGGGAAACGCGGAACGUUUCGAUACCGGCCUUGAACGACAGUCGACACGUCGGCCUCUCCGUCUACAACGUUGCGAUCAUGUGCAUCUGCGGCGCGGCGGUCGCGCUCGUUCUCGUCGACCAUCAGGACGCGAUGUUUCUGAUCAUCGGCGUUUUCGUGCUUUUCUGCACGACGGCAACCCUGUGGCUGGUCUUCGUGCCGAAGCUGGUCGAGCUGAAGCGCAAUCCGGGAGGUUCCAUCGACAAGCGGAUACGCGCCACCUUGCGGCCGAUGUCGAAGACGCGCCGCGAUUCGAGCGCCACCGAGCUCGAGCACAAGCUGAAGGAGGUCAAGGCGAACAACUCGCGUUUUCGCAAGACGCUGCUCGAGAAGGAGACCGAACUUCAGAUGCUGAUAAAGCGUUUGGGCGCCGAGGCGAAAGAUAUACUGGACGCGCGGACGGAUUCGAUCAACGACGUGAAUCGACUUUCCGUGCCUCUGCUUCGUAAGGAGGCGCCGAGCGCGACCGAAACCAGUGAUAUUACGUCAAUAUGUAGCUUAAGUUCGCAAGAUUUCGCAUCCUUCCAUCAUUCCGAUAGUCAAAAGAAGAAGAAGGUCAUGUCCGAAUCGCCCAAGAUAGCGGCGGUGAAAGAUUCCGAGGAGAACUUGGUGAUGCAGAACGGGAACGUCGGCAAGCAGGACGCGGACGUCGUCGAGGAGCGUCUCGGCAGCGAGAAGGUUCACAAGGCGAUGUCCGACGGCGGCAAGUCGGAUUACGUCGACAAGAGGCGCGGGAGCAUGCGCACCGAGGAGCACUCGGACGCGUCGUGCAACCGUCGGCUGAGCAUACCGAUAAAUCGAACUCCGAAGAAGAAAACCGAGGGCGGCCAGCAUGUCGUCGCGAAGAGCGAGCUGUGGGACACCGGCAGCCAGCAUCGUUGCAACAAGGUGCAUCAGAAGAAUUCGCGCGUGGUCACCGUGCAACAGGAAGACGACGACGGAUUCAUGCACCGCUCGGUGUCCGAGAAAAAUCGCCACACGAAUCCCAAGAAGGAGAAGAGCCCGACGAAGAAGGAGCACGCGACGGGCAUCUGCAAUCAGCACGCGAAGAUCGGCUACUACCAGUCGACGCCGAACGUCGCGACCCUCAAGCCGAGCUUCACGUCGUCGGCGACGAUCCGCGAGAAGCCGAUGCACAACGCGACGUCCGAGUCCGAACUCUUGGACAAAGAGAUACUGCCAAUUUUCCAGAAGCUACUCACCGAGAAGAAUAAGAGCCAACACAAUAUUAAUUACUCGUUUGGACGCUCGUGUCCGAAUAUUUCUAUAAAGUGCGACAUCGUCGAGUACUUAUAAGUUUCCGCUGUUCAUCCUUCGAUCGCCUAAACAAAACAAAAGAUAUAUGUGUAUCAAUCAAUGCACAAAAAGUCUCUCUUUUCAUGGUUGUGUUUAAUCUAGUCAAUGUCUUAAUAGGAUGUAAAUGUCAUUAGGUAUAAGGUACAUGAUAAUCGUAA